GAAUGGGCCGAAUCGUGUGAAUUCGAACGAACGCGUAUAUAAUCUUGGACGUGCUUAGUUAAUGUCCAAAUUGUCUUGCUUUUCUAAACAAACCUUGCUGCUGUUGGGAAUUGUGGAGUUGAAUCAAUUGUUCUUGUUUAUUGUGUACUCUCAGACUCGUUCAUCUCAACAUGGUUUGCUUGGCUUGUUUGUUGCCCCUCUUUCUGGUUCCGAUAAUUAACAUUCUCCCUCUUCUAUUCGAUUUUAUCAUGGGUAAGAUCUAUCGGGUUUUUGGUUGGGAGUACAGAAAACCAGAGAGGGCUCCUGCUGCAUGUCCAUACAAACCUCCAACCGCUCCUGUUAGUAAGGCUGAGGCAGAUGCUGAACCUAAUCCAGCAGAUCCUGUUAAACCUGGAAAUGUAGAUGUCAAAAAGGAUUAAUGUGGGUAGCUAACGAUCUGUAAGGUUUGACAAGAUUAAAAACUAUGAUAACACCUUAUGGUUCAUGUCUGUAACUUUUGUCAAAUAUCUUGUCAUGGUGAUGGUGUGAAAAAAAGAUGUCUGGCUACUUAAUUUUAAACAAAAAGUUAGUUUCACUGAAUGUAAAAAAAAAAAUGUAAUUUAUGGAUGACGACGUUAAGAAUCUCGUACUAAGUUUUAUUUUGAA